CCCCAGUUCGUGACCUCAUCCGAGAGUACCACGACGUCUUCCCAUCGUCGUUCUCGUAUGCCAGCAUCCCACCGAUGUGUGACGUCGAACACUCCAUCCAGCUUGCGCCUGACUAUCGUGGUCGCCAUCAGGCACCCUACAGACUCUCGAUCCCCGAGGCCACCGAACUCAAGUGUCAGCUUGAGGAGCUCCUGAGACUGGUUUUCAUUAAACCCAACAACUCCCCGUGGGGUGCACCCGUCCUCUUUGCUCGCAAAGCGGAUGGAACUCUUCGUCUCUGCAUCGACUACCGCGGUCUCAACCGCUACACGAUUAAGAACAGUUACCUCAUGCCUCGUUUCGAUGAGUUGUUCGACUGCCUAGCAGGCAACCGCUUCUUUACAAAGAUUGAUCUUCGUAACAGUUACCAUCAGAUCCGCGUCGCUGCAGCCGACCAGCCGAAGACAGCGUUCCGAUCGCGCUUCGGCCACUACGAGUUUACAGUGAUGCGAUUCGGCCUCACCAACGCAUCCGCCACCUUCCAGAGGGCGAUGAACGACAUCUUCAGGGACAUCCUGGAGCAGUACGUUCUCGUCUACCUCGACGACAUCCUGGUCUACAGUCGUACCCUUGAGGAGCACCUCAGACACCUCCGCGACGUCCUUGACCGCUUGCGCAGACAUGGCUUCUACGCCAAGCUGAGCAAGUGCCGCUUUGCCCAGCACAAAGUGAAUUUCUUAGGACACUACGUGUCUGACCAGGGUCUCCACAUGGACGACGCGAAGAUCACUGCUAUUGCGGAGGGACCCGCCCUCACAUCCGCCAAGCAGCUUCGCAGCUUCCUAGGCCUUACCAGCUACUAUAGUAAUUUCAUCCGGGGAUACGCUAGGUAUUCCUACGUCCUUACCUCCACCCUCCUCCGGAAGAACCCACCCUGGGCUUGGACACCCCUCCACAAGGACACCUUCCGCGCCCUCAAGAAGGGGGUGACAUGCGCACCGGUUCUUCACCUACCCGAUUUUGAUCGCCCUUUUAUCCUUACCACCGAUGCGUCAGACUUUGUUGGAGCAGUGCUCUCUAAGGUUUUCCCCUCCUCUCCUGAUUCCUCUUAUCCUCGUAUCCCUCGCUUCCCACUACCUACCCCUACCACUGCUUCCCGAUUGACGCCUACUCGUCCACCUACUGACGAGCCUUCUAUUGACUAUUCUCCUACCAUCGCCGAGGACGGCACUGUCGAGUCUCGCUCAGGUGAUUAUCCGAUAGUCUUCUACUCCCGUCAGCUCCUGCCCGCCGAGAUAAACUACACCGCUGAUGAACGUGAGGUUCUCGCAGUAGUUUAUGCCGCUCGACACUGGCGUCACUACCUGCACGGGGCACCAUUCACGGUGCGUACGGACAACUCUGUUGUCCAGGCUUUUCUGACCAAGCCAAAACUCACUCCUCAACAGGCUCGCUGGUGGCGCGACCUAUCCGAGUUUAGUUUCACCACUGAGCACAUCAAGGGUGAGACUAAUCGGGUUGCAGAUGCCUUAUCCCGGCGCCCUGACCACGACCAGGAGCAGAUCCAGCUCUCUUCCAUCUCUUUCACCACCGUCCAUUACUCGGUGAUCGACGAGUUUCGCACUCAGUACCGCCACAACCCCGACUAUCGCGACAUCCACGCGACCCUUCGGAGUGGCAAGACCGUCCCGAACUACUCUCUCGGGGACAACGGUCUUGUGUACUGGCACGGUGUUGGGAGAGAACCCGGGGAGGGGCUACCUACCGUUCGCUGAAGCCAAGGGCUACGGCGCCUGUCACUUCGCCGCGCCCGCUCCGAGGUCCUCGGCGACCAGUAGGGUGAAAGGGGGGCAAUCGAGUUCAAG